AUGACUAGCCGCAAGCGCAACGAAUUCCUGGAUCACGGUCUCAGCGAUGAGGAGGAAGAUGCAGGCUACAAUUCAGAGGAGCAAGAAGAAAGCCGUGGCGCGCGAUCAAUCAAGCGCCGAAGAGUCGACCAAGACUCUGACGACGAGUCGCAAGAUUUCGACGACGAAGACGAGGAAGCUCUGGACAAGACAAGCGCCAUCACUACAACACCCGCACCUGCAGCCUCAAAAGGCCGCUUCGAGCUCUCCGACGAAGACGCCGACGACUUUAUCCCCGAAGACGACGACGACGACGAAGACGACAACGAAAACCUCGAAGACGCAACGACAGACACACCAAGAGAAAAAACAGUAAAACCCCUAACCCAAAAACAACUCCUCAAAGCCCAAAAGGCGGCAAAGAAAACCGGCGUCAUCUACAUUUCCCGCAUCCCGCCUUUUAUGAAACCCGCAACACUCAAACACUACCUCUCACCCUACGGCGACAUUGGCCGCGUCUUCUUGACCCCCGAAGACCCCAUUGCCCAGAAACAGCGCGUGCGCAACGGCGGCAACAAGAAAAAAUCUUUCACGGAUGGCUGGAUCGAGUUCCUGAACAAAAAAGACGCAAAGGCUGCCGCGGAAACGCUAAACGGCAACAUCAUCGGUGGANAAAAGGGAAAUUUCUACCAUGAUGACAUGUGGAAUAUGAAGUAUCUGACUGGGUUCAAGUGGAGUCAUUUGACCGAGCAGAUUGCGAAUGAAAAUGCAGAAAGGGCGGCGAGAUUGAGAGCAGAGGUUGCGAGGACGAGGAGGGAAAACAAAAGUUUCGUCGAGGAUGUGGAGAGGAGUAAGAUGUUGGAGGGUAUGCGGGCGAAGAAGGCUGCUCAGGCGGAUAGGGCUGGUGCUUCUUCUUCUUCCUCUGCUGCUGCAUUUAAACCUGCUGCUGGUGUCAGAGAGCUGAAGAGAGACUUUAAGCAAAACGAAGUCAAGAGCAAGAGGAUCAAGGACUCGACGAGGUCGGAGCAGACGGAAGAUGUUCAGAGGGUGUUGAGCAAGAUCUUCUAG